AUGUUUUCUCUUCUAGUUAAUAUUCCUGCUAAUGCUACAUGGUCACGGAACGGAGUGACUAUUGCUGGAGGUAACGGGCUAGGGGGUGGCACUAAUCAGCUCUACUACCCUUUUGGUCUCGUCAUUGAUGAUAAUCAAACAGUGGUUAUUGCUGACUUCUGGAAUAAUCGUAUCAUCCAAUGGAAGAACGGUGAUAGAACGAAUGGACUAGUUGUUGCUGGUGACAAUGGCCAAGGAAAUGGAUUGAAUCAACUGAAUAAGCCAAGUGAUGUAUUAAUCGACAAUGAGACGGAUAGUGCCAUUAUUUGUGACUGGGGGAAUAAACGAGUUGUACGAUGGUCUCGUGGUCGUGGCACAACACAAAGAGAAAUACUCAUCGUUAACAUCGCUUGCUAUGGAUUAGCAAUGGAUGAACAGAGAUAUCUCUACGUCUCUGACUACGUAAAACAUGAAGUAGGACGAUAUCAAUUGGGUAAGACGAAUGGCACUCUCGUAGCUGGUGGUAAUGGACAAGGUGGUGGACUCAAUCAGCUCAACUUGCCGACAUAUCUCUUUAUCGGUCGAGAUCAUUCAGUGUACGUAUCAGACUACUCGAAUAAUCGUGUAAUGAAGUGGAAUAAAGGUGCAACGGUAGGUAUUGUGGUCGCUGGAGGACAAGGCCAAGGAAAUGCUCCGACACAAUUUUAUCGCCCCGAAGGACUCUUCGUUGAUACGUUGGGUACACUCUAUGUAGCAGACUGCUACAAUCAUCGUGUAAUACGUUGGACUCAAGGAGCGACACAAGGCACUGUAAUUGCGGGUGGAAAUGGUCAAGGAGCAGGAGCAAAUCAGUUCGACUACCCCAUUGGCUUGUCUUUCGAUCGGCAUGGUAAUCUCUAUGUCGCCGAUCAAAAUGCUCGAAAAGAACAAAUUUUUGAUAAUUUUAAUGAUACAUCAACAAGUACUCGAUCUAUUUCAUCAAUCAGUUCAACAACAUCGAAUGGUUAUCGAAAUCCAUUAUAA